CCGAGAGUAGGCAGCGAAGAUGAGCAUCACGCAGUUACUGAAAUUAAGUAGUUAGAGAACCAGAUUAGAAUAGUGGUUAUAAUUUAAAUAAUUGUGCGUAAUAACGAGUUGCCAGGCGGCAGAAGCGCCGUGUUCUGUUGCGCUGGCUCCACACUGUUAGCCUUGGUUAGCAAAAAUAUGGCAAAGGUUCAGGUGAACAAUGUAACAGUGUUGGAUAACCCAUCUCCCUUUUUAAAUCCUUUCCAGUUUGAAAUCACUUUCGAGUGUAUUGAAGAUUUACCAGAAGAUCUGGAGUGGAAAAUCAUUUAUGUCGGUUCUGCAGAAAGUGAAGAGUACGACCAGGUUUUAGACUCUGUUUUAGUUGGCCCUGUGCCUGCAGGGAGGCACAUGUUUGUGUUUCAGGCAGAUUCAGCACAACCAGGGCUCAUUCCAGAUGCAGAUGCCGUGGGUGUGACCGUUGUGUUAAUUACCUGCACGUACCGCGGUCAGGAAUUCAUUCGAGUAGGGUAUUACGUUAACAAUGAAUACACGGACCCAGAACUCAGGGAAAACCCCACUGUGAAGCCAGAUUUUGCGAGGCUCCAGAGAAACAUCCUGGCUUCAAAUCCACGAGUUACAAGGUUUCACAUCAACUGGGAUGAUAGCACUGAGAAAAUGGAUAGUUCACAGAACACACAUCCAUACAUGCAGCCUGUUCUUACUUCAAACAGUCUCCCUUCAGCCUCAAAAGAGCUAGCAGCCCCUGGGAAUUCAUUUAGCCUUAUGUCAGGCUCACUCAUGAACUGCAUGUGACUUCCCACAAAAAACACGAACCGCUAUUUAAUUUGUGAACAGGUGUUGAUUAGUAAGAAUUUGUCACCUUUCCAAUAUUUUCAUACAUGUUUAAUGAGGCUUGUAAAAACUAAAGAUAAAAAUUUGUGGUUUUACAAUUGUGGCUAUUUAUUCCACUUUUAAUGUUAAAACAGUGAAAUAUGCGUUCUUUAACUUGUCAUCAGCAAUGACUUGACAAAAAGGUGUACAAAAACAAAUGAAAAUGAAUCUGUUAACACUGAUGUGUGGCUGUUAGGAUUAUUAUAAAGAUUGAGAGUAAGGUCUUUUAAUGGUGUAAAGUAGUAUUAUAAAAAUAAAACUGAUAAAUCAGGCCUGGGCAGCGCUGGUGUGAAUAUAAGCUACUUGUGCCUUUUGCUUGAUUAUUUGUAGUUUAAAUAUGUUUCCAUAUUCUUAUAUUAUUAAAUUACAAUAUAACAAGGCUUUCAUUUUUUUAAAAAUAAAA